CUCCCCCCCAACCCCCUUUUGGGGUUCAAGAUGUCGGGGCUCAGCGCUCCGGAGACGGAGGGUUGUCGUAACCUGCUCGGCCUACUAGACAACGAUGAUAUCAUGGCCCUGUGCGACACUAUCACCAACCGCCUGGUGCAGCCUGAGGACCGCCAAGAUGCCAUUCGUGCAAUAUUAGUGUACAGUCAAAACGUAGAAGAACUUUUGAGGCGUAAGAAAGUCCACCGAGAAGUCAUAUUUAAGUACUUGGCAACGCAGGGGGUUAUUGUACCUCCAGCUACUGAAAAGCACAAUCUUAUUCAGCAUGCAAAGGAUUAUUGGAAAAAGCAGUCACAUCUGAAAUUGAAGGAGACACCAGAGCCAGUUAAGACAGAGGACAUUAGACUAUUUCAACAGCAGGAAAAAGAAGAUAAAAAAGCUGAAAAAGUUGAUUUUCAUCGAUUAGGAGAAGAAUUUUGUCACUGGUUCUUUGAACUUCUUAAUUCUCAGAAUCCUUUUCUGGGUCCACCUCAAGAUGAAUGGGGGCCACAGCACUUCUGGCACGAUGUCAAGCUUAGGUUUUAUUACAACACCUCUGAACAAAACGUGAUAGACUACUAUGGAGCAGAAAUUGUGAGCCUUCGUCUGCUGUCACUAGUGAAAGAAGAGUAUCUUUUUCUCAGUCCCAACCUAGAUUCCCAUGGACUGAAAUGUGCUUCUUCUCCCCAUGGUCUGGUUAUGGUUGGAGUUGCUGGGACUGUCCACCGAGGGAACACUUGUUUGGGCAUUUUUGAACAAAUUUUUGGACUCAUACGCUGCCCUUUUGUGGAAAAUACAUGGAAAAUCAAAUUUAUCAACUUGAGAAUUAUUGGAGAGGGUUCUCUUGCUCCUGGAACAUCAAUGAAACCAGCUGUUACAUUUGAACCUAGUGAUCUAGAGGCCUUUUAUAACGUAAUUAGUUUAUGUAGUACAAACGAAGUACAACUUAAUGUAAGGCAGACAUUGGAUAGUGGAACUGGAGACCAGGCUUUAAGCAGUGGAGAUGAGGCAUUGUUGAACAAAAGAGAACUGAAUUUACCCAACCCUCUAAAGCACUGAACAUUGUAUGUCAGUCUCAAAAACUUUCUAUACGAAAACUCCUCUAAAUACCCCAUCAGUAAUGUCUAAGUGAUUUCAGGUGUGAGGAUUGACAUUUUAGUUGAAAUAUCUGUCUUGAUAACAGACUGACAUACUAUGUGAAUACUUGACUCUUUCUACCUGAGUUGCAGCAAAUGUUCUAAGAGCUAAUGCAGUUCAUCAAAUAAAUCCCUUUUAGAUGGUAUAACUAACGGUGUGCCUUAGAAACCAGGUAAUACUUUCAUUUUACUUAGUGGAUAUUCUGCUAAUAUUUGUACUUUUCAUGUGGGAAAGGUUUAACGUAAACUCAAAGUUACCAUUUUAGAAAACUUGAGUGACAUUCUCACGCAAAAAGUCCAAUAAUUUAGCAGGUGGAGAAAAAUAUACUUUGCCUUUUUAAAAUUUGAGGAACAUUUUUCAGUUAUCUAUUAGUAGACCAAGCUAAAUAUCUUAAAAUCUGCAACAUUUUCUGAACUCUUUUGGGUAAUGAUAAAUGCUAUUCUCUAAACAGACCUAAUUCUUAUCUAAGGCUUCAGCUAAUAUUUUUAUAGAACAUUUAUUGUAAUACUAUAUAAAGGAAACAUACCAUUAAAAUUUUUUAAAAGGUAUGCCCAGUUCUAACUUAAAUGAAUUACUAUUUUCCUCUUGAUUGAUCUUGGAAGAGGUGACCAAAACCACCCCCAUCCAAAACAAAACACACACACACAGAUUUAUAAUGUGGGCGU